AUGAGACAGUUGACAUCUCACUGCAGCCUUCAACAUUAAGUUUAGGAGAGCUGGCCACUGAGUGUUUCCUGAGUCUAACCUCAUCAAUGAAUACUAGUGUUUCAUCAUUGAAGGAAGAUCUGAGGACUCUUGGGGCUAUUGACGUUAUUGCUAACAGAGCAAUAGCAUUAACUAGACAGUGCACUGGGUACCUGACCAGUGACCAAGAAGAGGAGGGAAAAGAAGGAGAAGAGAGAGAAGUUGAUGUUCAUUUUAUGAAGUUGUUCAGGCAACUUAAACUAUUGGAAAAUAUUUUGUGUAUGAGUAAAGGAAACCAGAGUUACCUGACUAUGUUUGAUGGCUCAAUAUUUAUAUCAGAAAUAUCCAAAUUUUUAGUGUUAUUAGGUGAUUAUCUUAUCUCAAAGGAUCUCAGCACAAGACAUACGUUUAUAGUGACUGAGACUCUAUUGGGGACUCUGAGAGUGUUUUUAAAUAUUACUCACGAUAAUGCUCUUGCUUCAUACCGAGUCGGAGAGCAAGAGAAAAUAAUUGACUCGAUAUGCAACUUUACAUUCAAAUUGGCUCAGAGUGUACCAGUUAUUCAACAAUUUGAUAUCUUAGUCCUCUGCUUGUCUCUAUUGAUUAACCUACUGGAGGAGAGCUCCACUAAUGUCCAGCACAUGUGCUCCGUCUUCAUUGAUGUUGCUUCUACUAGCAGUAACCCUUACGGGGAUAUGCUGGCUACUCAAGCUCUAGUGAAGUUGUUUUUGACUCAUUAUGAGAGAGGAGAGUCUGCUAGUGUUGAAGUCCCUACACCUACAAAACAAGUCAUAUCACAUGAAUCUCCUGCCAAGUCGCCCAAAGUUAGAAAAGACUUGACUUCGACUUUUACAUCAAGGAUGAAGUCAGGCAUCCAACCUGUACCCAAGAAAAUGAAGGAAAGAAAGGAAGAGAAGAUGGAAGAGGAUAAAGCUGAAGACAAAGAACAGGAUGAGGAAGAAGAGGAGGAGGAGGAAGAGGAAGAGGAGGAGGAAGGGAACAUCAGCUUUGAUCCACUGAUAUUCAAACGAGAAGAUUUUGAUUCUGCUUUAUCACAGGCAGGGAAGCACAUGGAGGACUCCAUUAUAUCAUCAUAUUCAGCUGUACUGGUAGCACUAUUGAUACAGAAUGACUCAGAAUUCGCUCUCAAUGUAAAGAACAAGUUGCCUGGUGGUAACUUUUCGUCACUUAUUAAAGUUCUUAAAGAAUUCUUAUUAUUUAUGAACAUGGCUAGCUCUGGUUCCACAAGGUCUGGUUUAGACUCAGUCCAGAGAAUACUGAAGUUUCUAUCUGCAAUGGAUUGAUAGACUAAUAUUCACAAGCUCUGCCCUUUUAUGAUUUACAGAUUAACUUCACAUAGUGUGCUUUUAUCAUAAUAUCAAAGUUCUCCUUUAAAAAACAUUAAAAA